UAAAUAGUUAAAAGAGUUGAGUGAAUGAUGAAAAGAAAACAAAGCUGAGGGACGACCAAAUCAUUCUUCUUCUUCUCGCUCUCUCUCUCUCUAAUUCUUCCGACCGAACAAACAAGCACAGCUUCUUUGAUCUUCCUCGUACCGUCUUCGUUUUUAAUAUAAUGUCUGGUGAUGAUGAUGAACCUUCCUAUGGCUCUGGAGACGAAGUAAACCACCUCACUGAUGGACACAACAAGCGCACUAUCCCUACUGCAGCAACGACGACGCCUUCUUCUGCUGCCUCCGGACCAACACGCAAGAGAAGCCGCAAGGCCUGUGGUGACGCCAUAGUCGAAGCCAUGCUUGAAAUCGCAGCAGCCUCCAAAAAGAGAGCGGCGGCUUUGGCUAACAACGGAGACAGAUUCUCCAUCAGCAAAUGCAUCAGAGCGCUCGACGACUUGCAAGGCGUUGAUCAGCCCACCUACUUUCUCGCCUUGGACCUGUUCGAGAACCCGAGCUCGCGAGAGAUUUUCAUCUCGUUGAAGUAUGAGAAACGGUUGAAGUGGCUACAGGGGAAGUGUAGAGCUUUGUAGUGAUCUAGUUUUGCUGAUCUAUAUGUUCUUGGUACUUAUGGUGAAAUGAUAUUUCAUUCAUCUUCUUCAUUUGCUUAUGUGUGAAGAUGUAUCACUGGUGGAGAUCAAUUGAAUAGUUUUCUUUUAUAAUUAAACUAUCUCUCUAGUAUUGUAAAGUUGGAUAGGCCAGAAAAAGAGAGAGAGCUAACAAUGUUAUUUACCAAAAGCUCAUUUGUUAAACAAGAAGCUAAUCUUUGUAGGCUGA